UAACUGAUGAGGCCUAUAUAACAAGAAGGCACAUCAGUGUUAAUUUCCCAACUAAGUCUUUCAAAUUCAAAAAAAAAUCAACAGCUAAUUUCUUUGAAAACAAAACAAAUAAAAUGGUGUCAAGAGUGGAAGAAGCAAUGAAAAUAAGGCAACAACAGGAGGUGAAAAAUUACCAAGUACAAAAGCAAUUGAUGCAAUGCAACAAAGGAAAAACAAACAAGUUCAAGAGGAGCAGCUCUAAUGUUGAAGAAGAUGGUGCUUCUUCUGCUAUUCUUUUGCUUGCUUGUAUUGCUUGUGCCUCCUCCCAUCACCUAUAGAAAAAUUAAUUAUAGAUUAUCACCACCUGGUUAACCAAAAUAUUAACGAUAUGCAGUCACUAAUAAUUAAUCGUCUCUGUUUUAUUUUAUAUGACACUCUUUGUUUUUUUUAAAUUUGUGUCAAGAGUUCAAUGUAUGUUCCGUUUAAUCAUAUGGUAUAUAGAAGAAUGGUAGUACUUUUUUUUUUUGGAUAAGUUGUUGCUAGUUCCUUUUGGCCAGAGAUAGAUUCAUGAUUUGAAUGUUAUAGGUUCGAAUUCAGGAUUCUAUCACAGCCGAUUUGGUUUAUUGGAUUCGA